AGAGCGUUUCAUUUCGAUAUUGCCAUUGACGAUGGCCAGCGACGACGAGCUCUUGCUGCGGACCUUCCCACUGACGCCGUCGCCGCCCUUGGCCUCCGCAGCGUCAACGCCGUCGCCACUGCCGGCUGCGAUCGAGAGCACGGACGACUUUUUCCUCGACCUGCCCUCGAUCAACAAACUGCUGCUCUCCGAGACAUCGUCGACCGAGAGCGACAAGGACACGCCGGCGACGCGCAAGGCCAAAAAGUCGAAGUCGCUCGCCGCCGGUGACGAAGACCCGUACAGUCGCCAGCACCGGUACCGGAAACGACAGAAGGACGAGCGGCAAUUCCUACGCGACCAAGUGCAAUCGCUCACAGCGCAGCUCCGGCAACUGCGCGACGUCAAGACGGUCGAGCUCGCGUCGAGUUCCGAGUGGCAAAAGAUUGUGCGCACGCAGCGCGUUCACGCCCACCAAGCGACGCUGGAAAACACGCGGCUCAAGCGCGCGCUUGAGGACCAGCUCAAACUCGCCAACACGCUCGACCAGCUCCUCGUCAAGCGCCCGCGUCUGCUCAAGUUUCCGACGCUGGACGUGGUCGACUGGAAAUUCCGCAAAAUGCCCGCCGACCCGAGCGCGCGCGAGGCCUCGUUUCACGCGAUGAUCGACGACGCGUACAGCCAGGUCGAGUCGAUCCUGUUGCAGAAAGGCCUUCGCGACGCACCGGACGGGCACCACGCCAUCGACAUCACAAUGCCGGAUGGUGACGACUGCAUCGUCAUCGAUGUCCAGAGUGUCCGCGUUCUGAACGUCGACUUUCUUGACAAUUGCAACAAGUGCUGGAGUCUGUGGUGUGAGCCCGACGUUACCACGACGGCCAAGAUCCCAACCGUCAACAUCAAGGUUCUCGAUCGGUUUGGCCCGGACGCGGCGUACCUCCAAGACAUUGGGUCGUUUAGGGACCAGAAACCUUACCUCUUCAUGCGCAGCGCUAUCAAGCGCUACGUCGAGAAGGACCGCGCAGUGAUCGUCAUGCGGACGGUGCUCGAUGACCCGCUGCACCCGCCACCGCCUGGCCUUUUUAUCGGCAACCACACUGCCUUCUGCCUCCUGGAGCGCCUCGGCGGUGACAAGUGUCGUCGCACAAUGUGCAUGCUUGGGCAGCUGCCGAUCCAAGCACCCGGCACCGGCCCGUUGGCCGACGAGCCGCCCAUGAUGGUCUGCGAUUAUGUAUUGAGCCACACAACGCAAACAUCCCACCUCAUUGAGGAUAUUCUCGGCGAAUAAGUGAAGCAAGUGUUUCCGC